UCUUGCAGAGAAUACUGACAAAGUAAUUAAGAACACGAGUAGCAUAUUUACUUUGUGGUCUUUUGGAUCAUGGAAUUCUUGCUGAUAAGCGAUAUCCAGUCUUCCCUUUGAACUUUCAAAUAGUAUUCCGGGAGCUUUUGAGCAGGAAUGGCACCUGGGAUGGCAACAAGAAGUGAAGGCGGGCACUAUAAUGCCAGGAUCACGUGGUUCGUGGUGUUAUCAUGUGCUGUGGCUGCAACUGGAGCACUAAUCUUUGGCUAUGAUCUUGGAAUUUCAGGUGGAGUAACCUCUAUGGAUCACUUUUUGAAGAAAUUCUUCCCUGAGGUGUUCAAAAAGAUGAAAGAAGACAAAACAACGAGCAACUACUGCAAGUUUGAUAGUCAGUUACUGACUUUUUUCACCUCUUCCCUCUACAUAGCUGCCCUUGUUGCUUCAUUCUUUGCUUCACAAGUUACAAGGGCCUUUGGGCGCAAGUCAUCCAUUCUCCUAGGUGGAGCUGCAUUUAUCAUUGGUUCUGCCAUUGGUGGUGCAGCAUACAACGUGGUCAUGCUAAUAUUUGGUCGAAUUUUCCUCGGAGUUGGGAUUGGCUUUGCAAACCAGUCAGUCCCCUUGUACCUCGCUGAAAUGGCACCACCCAAAAAGAGAGGAGCUUUUACCUCUGGCUUCAAUUUCUGUGUUGGAAUUGGUAUUUUGAUAGCUAACCUAAUUAACUACGGUGCUGCAAAAAUCAGAGGUGGUUGGGGAUGGCGAAUCUCCUUAGCAAUGGCUGCAGCACCAGCCUCAAUUCUCACUCUUGGGGCUCUCUUUCUUCCCGAUACUCCCAAUAGUAUUAUUCAGCAUGGCAAAAAUUAUGAAAAGGCUAAGAGGGUGCUGCAACAAAUCCGUGGUGUCGACGAUGUUCAAAUUGAACUAGAUGAUCUUAUCCAAGCAAGUGACAUUGCAAAAGCAAUAAAGCAUCCAUUUAAGGACAUCAGAAGAAGAAGAUAUAGGCCUCAACUUGUCAUGUCAAUGGCAAUACCGUUCUUCCAGCAAUUAACAGGAAUCAAUACUAUCACCUUCUAUGCUCCAGUCCUCUUCAGGACUAUAGGUCGAGGUGAAAGCGCAUCCCUCCUGUCUGCAAUAGUAGUUGGGGUUGUAGGUAGCAGCGCUGUAAUUUUGACAUCGUUGAUAGUGGACAAAGUUGGUCGAAAGGUUCUAUUUUUUGUAGGGGGAGCUGUCAUGUUGGUUUGUCAGUUGAUAAUAGGGGGAAUCAUGGCUGUAAAGCUAGGGGAUCAUGGCCAACUGAGCAAUACAUAUGCUUACUUGGUUUUGAUCCUGGUCUGCAUGUAUGUUGCAGGUUUUGGAUUGUCAUGGGGUCCGUUGGGGUGGUUAAUUCCAAGUGAAAUAUUUCCCCUAGAGAUAAGAUCUGCUGCUCAAGGCAUCCGAGUUGCUGUGGAUUUUGUGUUCAUUUUCCUUGGUGCGCAGACUUUCCUAGCUAUGCUGUGCCACUUGAAAGCUGGAAUCUUCUUCUUUUUUGGGGGUUGGGUAACAGUGAUGACCGCAUUUGUUUACCUGUUGCUACCUGAAACGAAGAAUGUUCCAAUUGAAAGGAUGGAAAAGAUCUGGAGGGAGCAUUGGUUUUGGAAAAGAUUUGUGCUUAAUGAUGAAGAUUAUAACGGGAAUAAGGCUGAGACAACUUGACUGCUGGUUAACUUACCAUUUGUGCACCAUAUCAAAAUUUUCAAAAUCAAAACAAAGUUGCAUUAGCAGUAAAAGUUAGAAAAAGAAAACAUAGAUUCAGAAAUGAAAUCUGGCAGAAAUAAGCCAGGUGCUCUCUUUGUGGACCAUUUGUUCAAUAAUGAAGAACCAGUAAAUUAUGCAAUUUGUCAUUA